AUAAUAAUAAAAGAACAUUCAACAUAGGCUGUGCAGUGUGCACAUACAGCUGAUUAUUGUUUUGGUUGAUAUUUGAUGAAAUCUCUAAUUACUAUAAAAGGUAUGGUUAUGUGUCGUAGUUUGUAAAACAAUUAACAAAGCUUUGUUAAAUAAACUAUAACUAAACAAACAAGGGGUUUUAGUAAACGUAAGUUAUUUUUAAAAUUAGGAAAAUAAAAUGAGAAAACCCUUCUCUAUGUUUGCAAGAAAUUUAUCACACAUUUGUAAAUUAAAACCCUACAAGGAAACUAAAUGGCUAAUGCCUAACGGGAACCCCAUUGGUGUGUUUGUUUAUAAUUGUGUAGCUGAACAAAAAGUUCCCAUAAUCUUAAAUGACCCUAAAAUUGCUACAUGGUAUUCCUGUGGCCCAACAGUGUAUGAUUCUGCACAUAUUGGUCAUGCUUGCUGCUAUGUAAAGCUAGAUGUCAUACAAAGAAUACUCAAGAAUUUCUUUAACAUUAAGCUUGUCACUGCAAUGGGCAUCACUGACAUUGAUGAUAAGAUAAUAAAAAAGGCCAAAGAAACAAAUAUGCAUUACAGUUCUGUUGCUAAACAAUAUGAACAUGAAUUCUGGAUAGAUAUGACCAGUUUAAAUAUUGAAAAACCAAUGAUUAUAUCACGUGUAUCUGAUCAUAUGAUGACUAUAGAAAAAUUUAUAAAAACUCUUCUUGAUUUAAAGCAGGCAUAUAUUACUAGUGAUGGAUCUGUUUAUUUUGAUACAUCAAAAUUUCCAUUAUAUGGGAAAUUACAACAAACACACAUUUUGGGUGAUCCAACUAAUGAAUUAAAAAAGAAUAAGAUGGAUUUUGCUGUCUGGAAAGGGUUUAAACCAAGUGAACCAAGUUGGAGAACAUCUUGGGGUGAAGGAAGACCAGGUUGGCAUAUUGAGUGUUCUGCUAUGGUCAGUAAGAUAUUUGGCUCUCAGUUGGAUUUCCAUGCAGGUGGAAUUGAUCUAAAAUUUCCACACCAUGAGAAUGAAGAAGCCCAAUCUUGUGCUUUUCAUAGCACUAAACAAUGGGCAAACUAUUGGAUCCACAUAGGGCAUAUGAACAUGAAAGAGACAAAAAUGUCAAAAUCACUUCAAAAUACUAUAUCAGUCCCACAUUUAUUAGAAAACUACAGUGCUGAUACUUUCAGAAUGGCUUGCCUCUUGUCAAAUUAUAAACAUCCAAUGGAAUAUAGUGAUGAAAUGAUGGACAUGGCCCAAGAUGUUCUUAAUAAAAUAAAAUUCUUUUUAAAAGAUGUUUCCUUUUAUGUCAACUCUAGUGAUUCAACAGGGUUGUAUAAUAUUAAAUUAAUGAAAAACUUGCAAGAUGUUGAAGAGAAAAAUUUAAUAGCACUCCAAAAUGACUUUGAUACACCUACAUGCAUUCAUUCUAUGCUGAGUUUAAUGGGAAAUGCGCACACAGUCAUGAAAAUGGAUACAACCAACUUCUUUCCUAUUCCUAUAGUUUUAAUAGCUGAGUAUGUACUUGAUAUGUUGUCAAAAUUUGGGCUUGAAUUGAAAGACACUUCUAGUAAAAUAAUCUCAGAUUCUUUAAUUGAUACCUUAGUAGAAUUUAGACAUACUGUAAGGUCAUGUGCAUUAAAAACAGAAGAUAAAGAAUUAUUGGCGGCAUGUGAUUUAGUUAGAGAUAAUAUGAAAGCAGCCAAUGUGCAAAUAAAUGAUAGUAAAACAUCAUCUUGGGUGAGAAUUAAGUAAUAUGUGUUACAUACAGUUUUACAUAAUUUAUUGAUUUCUUGGAAUUCAUUUUGCAAUAGCUUAUAAUAAUACUAAGGGGAAAAGUUUCUUAUGUCAUGUUUUUUAUAAAAAAAUGCUACUCAGUGAAAUUACGUAUUAUGAAUAUAAAUUUGGACUGGAAAUAAAUAAAUCAUUAUUAUAAAUACUAA